AUGCAAGGGUUCGCCCUGGGGCAGAAAGCACUCGCCGAGAAAGUGGAAAAGCUUGAGCUGGCUUCGAUUGCCAAUAAUGGCAAUAGUCAAGAGGGUAACUCCGACAAUGGUCCUGGUGGUUCUAGGGGUGGUGGCGAUCCCAGAAAGAAGGCAACUAAUGAUGGUGUAGUCAUCAACAAUGGUGAUGGUCUGGGUUUUGCUGCAGACAGUGGCCCAGGUCAUAUGAUGGUGAGUGUAAUUUCUGAGGAUAAAAGUAAAAUCGGGGUGACGGAUGUGGAUCUGUUGAGGACCCCAAUGUCUGUGGUCAAGAGACAUUUGUUAAAGAAUGGAGUUUUUCCUGGUUGUGAUAAUUAUUGUGCUGCUUGUACUAUAACUGCAAAUGGGUGUGUAAUGUUGAGGGAGACGGUUCAGAAAAUGAUGGAUGAGGGGAGUCUCCGAUUCGAGAAAGAUGCUUUGGAGAAUGAGGAUAUUUCAACGAUAACCAUUUAUUUCGAUCCUGUCCACUUGUCAGGGCCGGCAGAUGUGGCUCAAAUUACCAUCACGGUACCUGGACCUAUUCCGUAUAAAAGUGAUGGUGUUGUGCCCUGGUACUAUGGUGGUGAUGUGUAUUGCAAUGGGAAAAAGAAAGAAGAUCAUGCUGCAGUUGAUACCACCGUUUCAAAGGUGGACAAUGUCGGGCUUAGUGGUUUCACUCGCAGCGGGAGGUUGUUUGCACCUAAUAUAUUGAGAGGUGGAGAUGUAGAAAAAGAACAGAGAGAUAAGGCCGAGGCUUUAGCCAGGGCAAAAGGAAAGCAGGUGGUGAAUGAGGAUACUCUUAGAGCGGCACAGGCGCCUGUUGAGCCAGAAAGUGAGUUUGACGCUGAAGCCGAGGAGUUUUUGAGAAUUAUUAAGAAGUUUGAGUACAAACUUGUUGAUCAUUUGCAGCAGACUCCGUCCAAAAUUUCGAUCUUAUCUUUGCUGUUGAGUUCAGAAGGUCAUAGAGAUGCUUUGUUGAAGAUCUUGAGGAGGGCCUACGUCCCGCAGGAGAUUACAGUCAAUCAAUUAGAGAUAGUGGUAUCAAGUGUUAAUGCCAGCCAUGGGUUGGGUUUCACUGAUCUCGAUCUUACUAUGGCCUUGGCUAAAUUGGACUACGAGGGAUUGAUUUUGAGGCCUACUGAUCUGGUGGUUAGAGCGUUUGAUGGCUCUAAGAGGGCUGUGUUCGGGGAAGUUAAGCUCCCCGUAAAGAUUGGUCCUGAGAAGUUAAAGUAUAUCUUGGAUGGGCAAGUCGUGACAAUUUGCGGUGAGGAGGAUAUUUUUGUCAGCCAGUUGUCAUCAUUUAAGUAUGUGGAAAUGGACGGUGAAAUAUUCGAAACACGAAGUCAUGCGUUUGAAACUGUCAAGGUGGAGAAUGCCGUUUUCGCCGAAAGAGAGAGGAAUUCGUCCAUUGCUUCUUAUAAACAGGCUGUGGAGGUGGUGAAAAAUGGAGAGGCCCCAGGUUGGGGAAGAGUGAUAGAUGUUGCGGUGAAGGAGGAUAAGUUUGGGAUUGGUUAUCAGUCAGGCCAAGGCUCGUCUGGACAGAAUAAAGGUCGUUGCCAACCGUUCAUAUUCACCCAUGCUGGAAUGCUAGAUCCAGGCCGUAUCUGUGUUGUGGGUGAAGAGACUGACACCAAACUCUCUUCUAAUUUUGUAAAAAGCGUCUCAAGAAAGCGGUUUUGUAAAGAUAUUUGCGAGUUGAUUUUGAGUAUCGAUGAAAGAAAUAUCAAUGUCACCGUUUAG